GAGGCGCAUUAGCGAGACCCGCGAAUCCCAUUUGGCACAGGGCUUAUCAUGAUCUUCCCCAAAACAGAAUUCACUACUUCUAGUGCAUAUGGUGCCAUAGGCAGCAAAUAAGCAAGGUAAUAGACGGAGUAGGACGAUGGAGAUGCGGACAGAUUUUAGACGACGACUACCGAGGUGGAGACCUGGUAAUGCUCCCGGACACGGUGAGAUAUGCGGGGCGAUGGACGUCGCCGUUUGAGUCAACACGCCGAGAAGGAUGAGAUAUAUGCUCCUGCAUAGCCACGUAUGUAAGAAACAUGAAUUAGUUGUAUAAUCUAUAAAUCCAAGAUCGCGCUCUAUUUCAUCACUGCAUCUCAGCAGAAACGCCAACAAUCGCAAGUAUACCAAGCCUCACAUAACUUAACAAAGCAAUACUACGGACAAAAUGGUUAAAGUCCUCGUCCUCGGCGCAACAGGCAACCAGGGAAGCGCCACCGUCCGCGCUCUCCUGGCAUCGGAGCAGAAGCACAGCAUCCGCGCCUUAGUCCGCGACGCCUCGUCCGAGAAAGCCAAAGCGCUCGCCGCCCAAGGCGUCGAGGUUCUAGAGGGCGGCGAUUGGGACAAGGACGUCGCCUCGUUGGCGAAGGCUAUGGCCGGCGUCGAGGCCGUCUUCUUCAUCUCGAACUUCAACCCCGUCGACACGGAGACCGAGGUCCGCGGCGCGACCAACAUCGUCGACGCCGCGAAGCGCAGCGGCACCGUGAACCACGUCGUCUACAGCACCGUCGGCAGCAUCGACCGCUACAAGGAGCUCCCGGGCCUAGACAGCAUACCCUUCUUCGCCAAUUACUGGGAGGCCAAAGCCAAAGGCGAAGACCUCGUCCGCAAAGGCGGCUUCGCGUACUACACGCUCCUGCGUCCCGUAGAGUUCAUGUCGAACUGGACGGACGCGCGGAUGGCCUCGUUCCAGUACCCGGACCUGAUCAAGGAAGGGGUCCUGCGCACGGCGUUCCCCGCGUCGCAGAUCAUGCCCGAGAUCUCGCCGGACGACAUCGGCCGCGUGGCCGCCGCCGCCAUCGAGCAACCCGCUACGUUCGCGAGCGGCGGCCCGACGCGCGAAUUGCAUGUCGCGGGCGAGCUGCUGACGCUGGCGGACUUGGUGGCGCAGCUCGGCGAGGUGGCGGGGAAGAAGUUGAGGGUAAGCACGUAUAGCCCGGAGGAGGCGGAGGCGGUUGCGAAGACGAAUAUACUGGUUGCGGGACAGAUCGCGAGGAGGGAUUGGAAGGCGCUAGCUAGGCCGGCGGAUGAUUUCGGGCUGGGGUUUAGUUCGUUUAGGGAGUAUUUGGAGAAGCAUAGGGAUGAGGUUAGGGAGCUGUAUAAGAACGUGCCUUAGGUUGGUUGGUUGGGCUACGUGGGAAGUAGGAUGGGGCUAUCAGAGUCUUGUUUAUCCAAGAAUAAAACCGAGACCUGUCUCCUGGAUAUGAGAGCAGCGUUUUAUCUUUCCGUAGCUUCCUCGCCAGUUGUUUUUAUUUGGCUGGAUGAAUACGAAGGGUCGGUAGAUGAACAAUCCACAUCGUUAAAAAUGUAGACGCUGGG